AUCCAAACAUUGACAUUUAUAAAACUCAACUCCUCCUUUAAGAAACUCCCCUUCGCUCUUCGAUCCCUUUAUCUACAUAAACAGAACCAAACUAUUACUCGAAUUUUAACGUCGAUAUAUCAUUGUAUAUACAUCUUGUACGAAACAAAACAAAGAUGGGAAGAUCACCUUGUUGUGACAAGAAUGGAGUGAAGAAAGGACCAUGGACGGCUGAGGAAGAUCAGAAACUAAUCGAUUAUAUACGAUUUCAUGGUCCGGGCAAUUGGCGUAUUCUACCUAAAAAUGCUGGACUUCAAAGAUGCGGAAAAAGCUGCCGUCUCCGAUGGACCAAUUAUCUAAGACCGGACAUCAAGAGAGGAAGAUUCUCCUUUGAGGAAGAAGAAACUAUCAUUCAGCUUCACAGUGUUAUGGGAAACAAGUGGUCAGCAAUAGCAGCUCGUCUACCAGGAAGAACUGAUAACGAAAUAAAAAACCAUUGGAACACUCAUAUCCGCAAGAGACUUGUGAGGAGCGGCAUCGACCCUGUUACUCACUCCCCACGCCUUGAUCUUCUUGAUUUGUCCUCACUUCUAGGGGUAAUUUUUAAUCAGCAAAACUUUACAUCAGUUGCAACUCAUGCGUCUUCUCUGCUUAAUCCUGAUUUAUUGAGGCUAGCCUCUCUUCUCUUGCCACUUCAAAACCCUAAUCCAACCUACGCAUCAAACCUCGGUCAGAAUCUUCAAACUCCUAUCACAUCAUCGGAAUCGUCUCAACCACAAACCGAGAGUACUACAACCCCAACAAACAAUAAUGAGAUUUCAUCUUUCCAGCCUAUGAACCCGAGACUCGACGACGUUGGUCCUGCAGAUGUAUUACCACCUCUGUCAGAGAGUACUUUUGACUUAGACUCGCUCAUGUCAACGCCAAUGUCUUCCCCACAACAAAAUAGCAUUGAAGCAGAAGAAGCCAACCCCAGUAGUUUCUUCGACUUUGGUUUUCCGGACGAUUUCAUCUUAGAUGACUUUAUGUUUUAAUUUACUAUAUAUGCUUAUCCCUUGUACAACAUCUUUUUUACACCUUUGAUUCUUUGUUGUAUUCUUUCUUUGGUUGGAUGUAUAAACUCUUUUUCUGUCAAAGAUAAAUUUAUAAGUCUAUAA